AUGGCCAACUCCAAUGAGCGCAAUGUAUACUUCGGACCCGACUCGUUGAAGAAGUACUUUGAUCCGGAUUGUCAGCCUCCUUUACCCCUGGUCGAGCUGCCAGAGUAUUUGAAUCCAUUUUACCAGGAUGGCGUUCGAAUUUACGCAAAGAUGAUGACCAUGCACCCUGCCAACAAUGUCAAGGCCAUGCCAGCAUUGAAUAUGCUCGAAUCAAGGGUUGUUCCCAACCAGACCAAAACUAUCAUCGAAUACAGCUCUGGCUCAACGGUAAUCUCGAUGUCGAUGAUUGCUCGGGUCAUGCAUGGCGUGCAGGAUACGCGGGCAUUUUUGAGCAACAAGACCAGUGAUGCCAAAUUGAAGUUGAUGCAGUUCUUCGGUCUGGAUAUCACACUCUUCGGUGGACCGUCACAACCAGAGCCUGUCGAUGGCCGCGGCGGCAUUCAAAGUGCCCGCCGCAUGGCUAAGGAAUCUGACGAUAUUGUCAAUCCCAAUCAAUACGAAAAUAAUGAUAACUGGCAGUCACACAUGCGGUGGACUGGGCCUCAAAUCUUCCAGCAAUUACCCGAGAUCAACGUUCUCUGUGCCGGCAUGGGUACUUCUGGCACCAUGACCGGCCUCGGGACAUACUUCAAGGGUGUCAAGCCUUCCGUUAUGAGACUCGGGGUCUGCACAGCCGCAGGUGAUCGGGUGCCUGGUCCCCGAUCCUAUGCGCUCAUGCGCCCUGUGGAGUUCCCCUGGAAGGAAGCAGUGGAUGCGAUUGAAGAAGUUGGCUCUUCCGACUCGUACGGUCUUUCCCUCAAGUUGUGCCGCGAGGGAUUGGUAUGUGGCCCAUCGUCCGGAUUCAACUUGCAAGGUUUGUUCCAGAUGUUAUCCAAGCGCAAGUCUGCGGGGACGCUGUCUGAUCUGGCUGGCUCGGACGGGAUUACGCACUGCGUCUUCAUGUGCUGCGAUCUGCCAUACCAGUACAUUGGCGAAUACUUCCAGAAGCUUAGGGCCGAGGAAUUCCCGCCCAUUCGCAACGAGUUCGUCACCGGAAAGCGUCUGACAAAGGUCGACCUGCACCGAUAUGAUGAAGCCUGGGAGCGGGACGCCCUCGAAGUCCUCCCACAGGUCUACGGUUCUCCACGACCCCUUGAUCAGACACCACUCAGCGAGAUCGCCCUAAAGCCUUUGCAUCGAGUCCUCGACCUUCGCCAACCCACAGACUUCCAGGCCUGGCAUCUUCCAGAGUCAAUCAACCUGCCACUCUCUAGCGUUAGCCCCCACACUAGAUCGCCGUUUUCAGAUCCAGCCGUACUCGAGGCGCAAUGGGUGGAGCUGGAGCAGAUCUUCGGGGACGAGCGCCUGGUCUCGGAUCUCGGUUCAUACCAUGUUCUGGUAGUGUGCUAUGAUGGGGAUACGGCACGCGUGGCUACCAGCGUGCUUCGGGCCAAGGGCCUUGAUGCGGACAGUGUGCGUGGAGGCUACCGUGCGCUGCGGAUGUAUGACAUUGGGAGCGAGACUGCAGGGUGCGGGGUGUCAGUAUCGGCGGCAUAUUCCGCAGAAAAGAUACCCAUUGCAGCGACGGUGUCUGUUUCGGCGGUUCCCCCUUGA